AUGUCUACUUCCUCCACUCAGCGGGAAAACUUCACCCACCCAGAAUACCAUUACCUGGACCUGGUCCGUAACAUGCUAACCAACGGCGAGCAACGACCAGACAAGCGCAGAGCCGGCACAACCUCCCUCUUCGCAACCCCCACAGCCCCGCCUCAACCUGAGAAACCACACACCCCUGUCCUGAGUACAAAGCACGUAUUCCAGAAAGUCAUCCUUUACGAGCUCUUCUGGUUCAUUUCGGGCUCGACCAACAACGUCCCGGUCUCGGCCGUGGGCGCGAAGAUCUUGGAGGGUGACGGGUCGCGCGCUUACCUGGACUGCAUUGGGCUGACGGAGCGCGCACAGAGAGACCUGGGCCCCGUCUACGGAUUUCAGUUGCGGCACAUUGGCGCAAAGUACGUCGACUGCCACAUGGGCUACCCCGUCCAGUGUAAACAUCACCUCCGACCGCAUCAUCAUGUGCGCAUGGAAUCCGACAGAUCUGGCGAAGAUGGCGUUGCCGCAGUGUCACAUGUUUGCCAAUUCUAUGUCUUGUACAAGGAUGGUAAAGGUGAGGGGGCGUUGUGUUGCGUGUUGUAUCAGAGGAGCUGUGAUAUGGGGCUUGGUGUCCCGUUUAAUAUCGCUUCGUCCAGGCUCCUCACUAUAAUGAUUGCGCAUGUGUGUGGCCUGGAGCCUGGGGAGUUUAGAGACACUAUGGGGGAUGAAAAUGGUUAUGCCGAUCGUGAGGAUACAUUGAAGGUGCAGUUGGAGAGGGCGCCUAGGGAGCUCCCUACUGCCAAGAUCAAUAGGCAAGUGGAUGAUAUUGAUGACUUCAAAUCUGAGGACUUUAAACGCGUAGGGCAUGAUCCACAUCCUGGUAUCAAAAUGAAUCCGGCUGUAUGA